CACGUAUCGUGUACAUGAGAACUUGUACAUACAUACAACACGCGUACAUUUAAGCUGUGAGGUAGGCGCCUUAGUGCUACGGCGCAUUUGCUAGUACCAACGGUCCGCGUUUAUCGACUAUCGUGUGUGUUCUGUGGCUAAUGCGAUCCACUGACUCUGAAUACAAGAAUUUACGUGUUUCUUCGUAAACGUUACCAUUAUUAAACAUGAUGGAUGUGCAGAGCCGAUACAAAGUGAUUCCUGCGAGAAGCGAUGGCUGUAAGAAUCAAACACCGCCAACCCUACUUUCGAGUUUGAGAAGCGUCCUUUUCGUAAUUGGAACGGUGGUGAUCGGAUUUGCUGCAUUUUGCAACUCACUAACAUGGCACUUACAGAGAUUCUGGGGAGCAUCCGGCGAUUUCUGGCAAGCACAAUGGGACAAAAUUUUAGACAAACUAGGAGAUGAUCCCGUUACCCUCUGGGUUUAUGGGUCGUUGGGACUAACGUUUUUCGUGUACUGGCUGUUCGGCGGUAUAUACACGAUCCUAGACCUAACUAAUCGGCCAGCCGCUUUGCGAAGAUACAAAAUACAGCCUGGCACGAACGAACCCGUCAACACGAAGGACUUGUGUAAAGUAAUCGCUCAAGUACUGUUCAAUCAGAUCAUUGUUGGACUUCCUCUGGCAUACGUCAGUUAUCACUUUAUGGAAUGGCGCGGUUAUCCCCCUGUACGCGAAUUACCGACCUUCCACUGGGUGCUCGUUGAAAUCGCCAUUCACAUAUUGUGCGAGGAAAUUGGAUUUUAUUACUCCCACAGAUUUCUACAUAGCCGCUAUUUGUAUAAGUAUAUACAUAAACAACACCACGAAUGGACGGCCCCUAUAGCUGUAACGUCACUGUAUUGCCAUCCUUUAGAACAUAUUGGCUCGAAUCUAUUACCACCGUUUUUGGGAGUAUUCAUCGUAGGUUCUCACGUGGCUACCGCUUGGCUUUGGUUCUCCCUUGCUAUUCUUUCCACGUUGAACGCUCACUCUGGUUACCACUUACCAUUCUUUCCAUCUCCAGAAGCUCAUGAUUUCCAUCACUUAAAAUUCAAUCAGUGCUUCGGAGUUUUGGGAGUGUUAGACCGUAUUCAUGGAACCGACACACAAUUUCGUAAUUCUAGAGCGUACCAGCGACACGUUAUAAUGCUUAGCUUAGUACCACCGAGAGAAGCUUUUCCGGAUCAAGUGAAAUAUAAAUUUAAAUAAGCAGGACUUUUUUCAGUACUAUCAUUUAAUAUGAAAGUUCGUUGUGAAACUAUAUUUAGUAUAAAAAUGCAAGUAUAAGAUACUUCAGGGUUUUAAGUAUUAUCUUCGUUUGUAUUACACUUCAUCGAGAGCAGUUAAUUAGCAUAAAUCAGUCAAGCUACAUUUUUCAUAUGCUUUUCUACUUUUCUUUUUUUGUAUGAGAACUGUACAUUUUGAAUUAAUUUUAUUCUAUUAUGCAAUCUUAAUUCAUGUAAACAUGAUUAUGGUGUGCUCGUAAAAUGUUAUUGUUAAACACUGUCUGUUUUUUUAAACAGUGUUGAUCACCAUGGACUUCCCAAGGGAAACUGACAAUGUAGGAGAGGUGACCACCAAUUAUUGAAUCCGUGGCCCGCUUACUUGCAUGUAAACGUUUGCGCGGAAAAAUUUGAAUUUGUAUUUAUAUUAUUCAUAUUUCUUAUUUCUAUACUAAAUUUUAUAAUAUUUAAUAACUAAAAAUUAUAUUUUUUCUAAAUUACUCUUAAUAUUAAAAAAACUUCAAAAUUAAGAAUUUGAGAGUUCCUGCUUUCCCUACAUUGUUAUUUUCCCUUAGGAAGCCUACUUUGCUCGAUACGAUACAAUAUCGUAUUCAAUGUAAUGAUAUUAGAUUAUUUUUAAUCAGCACUAUCAGAUACAAGAACAAUCCUUCUAACCUUACAAUAUUGUAUGGAAUAUUGUAUCGCGUUCUAUUUUCUUUUUUCAUCCAAAACUAUAAUAAGAUCCCUGGGAUAUUACAAAAAUUUUACCAUAACUCUAAAGGACGAACUUUAGAUUAUUAGAAUAUCUUUUUUACGACAAAAUAUACUGUUGGAAAAUCUAGAAUUAUAUCGUGUACUGUUAUCAAGUCGAAUUACUAUUUUUAUAUUUAGUUCCAUAAUGAAAGCAAUGACUUAAUAUAAAUUUAAUCUAACAAUAAGAUGAAAUUAUGAUUAUAAUAUUAUAGUAAAGAGAAAAAUAAUCAUUCUAGAUUGUCAUAAGCGGUCGGAGAUUAUGCAUUUCAAAGUUUCAAAUUUGCAAAACAAAUCAAGUCAAAAUUGUUUUAAACGAUUAAGAUUAAACGUCAUUAACGUCAAUAAUCAUAUUUUUCUCUAAUUCAAAUUUAUGCACAUAAUAAAAACACGCAGAUCAAAUCAUGGAA